GCAUUUUCCAUAAUGCGAUUUAAUUUAAUCUCUCCCGCUUAGUGAGUGCUAUCUAUCAUCUGCCUAAACCCCGCCGCCGCCUCUUUCUGGUCUCCUCAGUGAAAGCGUAAUAGAUUGCGACGGAUUCCAAUCCAAAGCUUUGCUCUGCAACAAAUUUCAGUUUCCCACUUUUGCAUCUAGGUGAUAAAGAAUUUGUUCAUUUGAGUUGUACAGCUCUACCAGUACCAACACCAUUAGGCUCUACUAACCUGGCAGUUUUUUACCAUGGUUACUGAGGGAACCAAAAAACCUCAAGUUUCAGUACCACCACCACCACCACCUCGAAAAAUCAAUGUGCAGAAAUAUGCUGAAUCACGUGCUCUCGAGCUCCAGAGUCUUCAACAUAUCAUAGAAAAUAGAGUAAACAGUGAUUAUAGGUCUCAAAGGAACAAGAGAAGAAGGACAACUGCGUUUAAUAACCAAAUUGCAAGAAAGGGGUGCAGAAGAAAGAGGCAGAAACUGGGAAUAAUUGAUAAAGCCCUUGCUGAAUCAGGUUUGGAGGAGGAUCAACUAAAGAAGCUUUCUCGGCGUGUUCGUCGGAGAUAUGAACUAAAGAAAAACCCAGAGAAUGGUUUUUGCACUUCUGGGGAUGGAACCAAGAGGCUGAGAACUCAUGUUUGGCAUGCAAAGCGGUUUGCUAUGACCAAGCUUUGGGGUUACCACCUUCCUUUGUGUCUUCAAGGAAGGGGUAAAGGUUCGAGGGCGCUCCUGAAAAGGCUCAAACAAGGGGUGCUUGUACAUGAUGCAAGCUAUUAUACUGCUGUCCAAUUGGAGGGUCCAGAGGAUUCAUUAAUGUCAGUAUUAAGAAUGGUGCUGGAACCCUAUCUGGCAACAGCAACACAUCCUGGAAAUCAUGAUGACUCUGUUCUUUCCAGUGUAACCUAUGGAAGUGCAAUGCUGCAUCAAUAUGGAACACCAGAUUCUCAGCCAAUUGCUCCUGUAACCUACAUGUGGCAACCAAGUUCCCAACAAAAUAUGAGUACUGAGCUAGAUGGAAGAAAUGAUUAUACUUCUUUUCGACAGUAUGAUAUUGGUAAUGAUUUAAACAAACAUGGUGUGGAAUUAUGUGAAAAAUCAGGCAAAACGAAGCACGGUUCUUCAUUAAGACGCCUAUGGGUGUGGAUACAUGCUUCUGCCUUUGAAGAAGGAUAUGAUAAUCUAAAAAUUGCCUGCCAGAAAGAGAUGGAGAAGGGGGGCAUCUCAAUUAAUUGCUUUUCCCUUGAGGGUCAACUUGCAAAAUUAGAAUUAAUUGGAUUAGGGACAUUUCAACUUCUUCAAAAAGUAUUGCAUGCUGUUGGAAGUAUUUCAGAGAAUUAUUGGCAAUUAAAGAAACAUGUCCCUAUUGAAGAAGAGUCUGUUUCUCAGAACCAAAAUUCAUCCAUACUGAAAAGUGAGGAUUAUUUUUCUUCUUGUGCUAUGUUAUCUCUUAAUGUCAAGGAUCCUCGAGAAUUGCCAUGGAAGAAGACUGUUGUUCCACUGGAGUCCCUUUCAACUAAGACUCCAAGUGAUGCACAAGAAACUAAAUACAAAGAGCUUGCUGAAUUGGGAGGAAUAUUGGAAGAGAAUAAAGAUUUAUCUUCAUUAUCAAGGUCAAAACUUGAAGACAGCCAGUUUGAUAUUGACGAUCUAUGGUAUGCUACCACCAGAGGGUUGAGGCCCCCAGUGGAAGACAAUGUCCUUUCCAAGGAGAAAUACCAUGAACGUAUGGUUAAUUUCUUCCUUGAUGAUAUAGAUUCUGGAGAGAUCAACUCUUCAACUAAGGUGCAGUGCUCGAGAUCUUGCCCUAUUCUUCUUUUAAAAAAUGAUAUGAAGGAAUUGAUUAUAGGAUGGUCUGUUAUACUUCCCUUAAGUUGGGUCAAAGCCUUCUGGAUUCCGCUCAUCUCUAAUGGGGCACAUGCAAUAGGUUUGCAAGAGAAGAACUGGAUUUCAUGUGAAAUGGGGCUACCAUUUUUCCCUUCAGAUUUCCCAGAUUGUAAGGCAUACUCUUGCUUAAUGGAAGCCAAAGCUGCUGCAUUUAAUAAAAAAGCAGAACUCUGUCCUCUUGUGACAAGGCAUUUAAGAGUUCCCAUACUGCCUCCAUGGGGUAUUGUUCGCAUUACUUUUGACAAAGUGAUUAAUGCAAUGGAGACUCCUGAUCUUUCAACUAGGGAAGAUUUGAUCAAUGCUAAUUCAUUACCAAACCCUUGCCAUGGAAACUUUGAAAUUUCAAAAUCUGACUCUGGGAGUAAUUCGUUUGAUGGAACUGUAGUGAGGACAGGUUGUAUGCUGACUACUUUCCUCAACGAAACCAAAACUUGUCAAUUGUUAUUGUUUCCUUAUGCAGCAGAUGGAAAGGCUAGAAUAUCUAAGUUUAUUAAUGGUGAACUAAAGCUUGAUCCAAGACAUAGAAGCUCUGACAUUUAUGACCAUAAGCAAUGUUUUGUAAGAGUUCAUCUGAAUCCAUUCAAGGAAGGAUGUUUUGAAGAGGGUGCAGUUAUUUGUGCACCAUAUCCUUCUGAUAUAUCUUUAUGGACUUCAAGUUGUGAGAAAAGAGAAGAGGGACUUCAAAUGUCUCAAUCUGCUAUGCGGUUAUACUUCAAAGAACAUUCCUCUGGUAAAUGGGGAAUGCAGAUACCAGAUGAUUCAAUUGCUAGAAUGUCUCACCGGUGGCCUAUUGGCUUUGUCACAACAGCUUCUGUUCAAGGAAGCAAAAGUCUAGUAGCAGAGGGCUUUUGCGAGGCUGUUUUACUAUCUAAUUUGAGAGAAGAACAGUGGAAGGAGAUGCCUAUGAAGAAGAGGAGGGAAAUAUACGUACUUGUCAGGAAUUUAAGAUCUACAGCAUAUAGACUUGCUCUUGCCUCUAUUGUUCUUGAAUAUCAGGAAAAUGACAUUGAGUUCUUGUAAAGUGGUUUUAUGCUGGACCAAACUAUGCAAGUUGCUACAGAGUCAUAUAGGCAAAAUUUCCUACAAGAAAAAAAAGGAAAGCAACAGGAAAGAAGAAAAUACCUUACUCAUUUAUGUAUAACAACUCAACAUUUAGCCCUUUAACUUAUUCGUUAAUUUUAGUAAAUGCUACUGAUGUUAUGUCGUUAUGUUUGUUUUGUUGCUCUAAUGCUUGAUGACAUGUAAAUUUUGAGAGGCUCAUGGCUGUUGUUUAAUUUGAAUGGGUUCUUUUGGGAAGCGUCUGUAAA